AUGGUACUAAGUGACCUAGUUACUCGCUUACUUAAAGAGUCAAUUCUGGGAUUAUGUCGUGAGGCGGCUGCCAACACACUUCGUCUUGAAGUUGACGGAAUCAUAUGUUUGACUACCAACGACCAAGAUCACGUUGUGAAAAUACAUAAAUUCUUUGAUAAACCAUAUAAUCCCGAAAAUCAACCAAAUGAAAAUUCCUGUGCAGCUAAAUCUGUUGCAUGUGAAAAUGUACAUGAAAGACGAAAAGCGCCAAUUACAACAUACGACAACGCCAAUAAGAAUAUUUCGGAUCGGAUAAAGAUUGAAGUUGAUGAUGUUUUGAUUCAACCUGAACCAGAAACUCAGGAAAUAGCGAACCCCGAAAUAAAACAAGAAGAAGACAACAUGAUAGGUACUUCUUUGCAAGAGCAAAUGUCCACAACACAGAUUUUCCCAGCUAUUCGUACAUUUCCUGAUCGUCCAAGCUUAGAGGAGAGAUAUAAAACGACCGACACAACACAAGACAACGCCAAAAUGGAUAUUUUGAAAAAGAUAAAGAUUGUAACUGACGAUAUUUUGAUUAAAUCCGAACCAGACACUGAUGAAAACACGAAUGACAGAAUGCAACAGGAAUAUUACAGCAAGAAAGGUACUUCUCUCGAAGAACCGAAAUUUACUACACAGGUUUCUCCAGAUAUUCGUACAUUGGCAGGUCAUUCAUACUUAGAGGAGAGGCGUAAAUCGUCCGACACAACACAGGACAACGCCAAAUUGAAUGUUUUGAAUCAGAUAAUGUUUGAAGCAGACAAAAGUUUUAUUAAGCCCGACCCAGACAAUGAUGGAAACAGUUUGUCCGAAAUGCAACAGAAAGAUAAUGGAAUAAAAGGGAUCUCUUUGAAAGUAUCGAAGACUACUUCACAUAUGUCUUCAGAUAUUCCUACACUUGGUUGUCAUUCAGGCUUAGGAGAUAUGUGUCAAACGUCCAACGCAGCACAAGACAGUGCCGAAAUGAUUAUUUCGGAUCAGAUUAUUAUUGAAAUUGAUAACAUUUUGAUAAAACCCGAACCACACACUGAUGGCAACACGGAUUCCACAAUACAACUUGAAGAUGAAAACAUGAAAGAUACUUCUCACCAAGAUGAUAAUUGUACUACACAGAUUUCUCCAGAAAGUUUAGCAAUAGAUUGUCACUCAGACUUAGAUGAUAAGAAAAUUAGCACGUCGUCUGAAACGAAUACUCCACAUAAUACCUUUGAGAAUGUUGAACUAUUCCAAGCUCAUAAUCUGGCAGAACAUAAUCAUUAUACGUGCAUUGGUUGCCUAGCUACGUUUACGUCGCGAAGUAAUAUGAAGAGACAUGUGCUCUUAAACACGUGUAUCAAACCAUACGCUUGCAAAAAAUGCCCGAAAAAGUUUUCUCAUAACGAUGGUUUAAAAAAACAUUUACGAACACACACAUUCAAGUUCCGAUGUGCUCAAUGCAAAACCGGAUAUUCGAACAAAGCAUGUGUGAAAAGUCACAUGAAGAAAGAACAUAACUCUAAAAAUUACAGCGUAUGUCCACAAUGCGGUGAAAGUUAUAUUGAUAUUGUAAAGUUCCAACAACAUAAGAAGUUACAUCCAGAGCUGCAGGACUAUCAGUGUUCGUUUGCGAGAACACAUGGCGUCGCACGUGCCGAAAUCAACCCACCAAGGCGCCAGCAAUUUACUUUCUGUGACUUUAAGACGCAUACCUAA